AUGGCGGGCAAGGUGAACCCCCACGAAACCAGUCACACGACCCAUGAUGAGGAACGAUGGGAGAGCGAGUUCGAGUGGAAGAUACCCCAGUUCCACAACAUGGGCGCGCGGGGCAAGAGGCACUACUCGUCAACCUUCAUGGCUGGCGGGUGCCCGUGGCGUCUCUCGCUGUACCCUCGCGGCAACGCGAGCAUGAAGGGUUCGAGGGACCACGUCGCGCUCUACCUGGAGGCUGCUGAUGCGACAUCGGCGCCCGUGGGAUGGAGACGGUUCGUGGAGUUCAAACUCGCCAUCGUCAACCACAAGGAUUCCUUAAAGACGAUUUGGCGAAGCGGUUCUCACGAGUUCAAUGGCGACACCAGCGACGGCACGUGGGGCUACUCCCAAUUCGCCGUCACCAACGUCGUCACUUCAAAGGAUGGCGGCUUUGUGGGGGAUGGCACCGACGGCGAGGUGACCAUCACCGCGGGCGUCGCCGUGAGAUGGACGCGCAAACACGGUAACGACAUCAACGACCGGGGUUCCGCCACGCUGUUCGGUACCGUCGCGGGCUCGCUCGGCGGGCAGUCUGCGAUGGAAUGGAGGACAUCUGAUACCGGGCUGGACCUACCCGCGUGGAUCGGAAUGAAGUACUUGGCUGGGCAAGGACGAAGUCAUCCCCCGUCCCAGCCGUCCUCCCAUAUUUGGGCGUUCCCGCGCGACGUGUGGAUCAAGCUACGGCAUGGGUCGCGCAGUUACGUCUGUAAGGACCUACUGGACCUCUCGGACGACGACGAGCAAACUGCAGUGGUGGACAAGAUGGUGGACAAGGACUACAACUUUGACAAGGACCUCGGCUGGGAUGCAAGGUCUGAUUAUGGGCAGUAUACGGGCGAGGCCCACCUGUUCUUCGAGCAGAUCCGAAAUAUGAGGCGGACCCGAGAUGGCGGGGUGCUUGGCGUAUCUCCGCUAGAGGUGACCGGAUUGUGGACCGCUCCCAUAUGCCGCACGCUGCUGCAGGUGGCGCCGCUGGGCGCAGAGAUGCACUGGCAGACGCAGGCUCUAAUCGACGGCAUCCUCACAGACGUGCUGGUCCGUCUGUGCCGCGCGGCGGCUGAGGUGUACGCGGGACACGCGCUGAAAGGGAAGAUGAAGGUCAAGGACGAGGGUUGCUCGCGUCUGCUCGACGUCGAGAGCCAACACGCGAACCCAGCCUACCCCGAGCUGCCGAGCCGCCAAGCUGCCGAGGCGGUGUGCCGAGACGUGUACGCGGGGAUUGCAUUCAACGGCGACGCAACCAAGUUUGAGCCUCAAUAUCCCCAGGACUACAAGGACGGUCGUUUGUUACCCCUCAUUCGGGAGCCCAUCGAUCCUCACGACGAUGCGUCCGACGAUGCGUCCUCGUGCUCGGCGCCGUCCCUGAUUGGCUCGGAUGAUUCGGACUCGAACGACGUGGUCUCCAACCCUGAACCCCCCGUCCCCGAUGAGAAGAAUCGCCCCGACUAUCCCACCUUUCUCACCGCGCAUCACAUGCAGGCUGCGAUGUGGGCGGUGUUCCCGACUGACCUGGCGGAGCACGGGAUGAACGAGAUCAAGGAUGCGUUGGAGUAUAACGUCAGCAUGUGGCGGGUGAAGGGCACAAAGGAACCAGAGGAUCCCAAUAAGAUCGUGUUUCACCCGACGCUGGUGCACGCGGCGGCGACGGAGAUAUUCACCCACUUGAAGGAUGGCAAGGGGGCGUUGCGGUACCCAGAGGGCGCGGAUACGAAGGUGAAGCAGGUGGACGUUGCGGUGAACACGUUACUGCCCUACUGCACCAAAGCCGCUAAAGUGUACAUGGCAGCAGUUCUCGACUACAUCAGCGCAGAGCUGGUGGAGACGGCGCACCAGGCGGCACAGACGGCGACGUACCACCGCAAGGUAAAGGCGCACUUCGACAAGAUGGAGAAGGAGGGCAAGGUCGACGUGUCGGAGAAGGAACGGAAGGCCUUUGAGAAGGAAACAUGGCGUAAGGAGGUCAAGGAACCCAACUACGUCCUACCCGCGCACCUCGCAUCCGCCCUGCGGAAGGAUAAGGCGCUCGGCACCGACCUCGCGGCGUCCGCUUCACUCACGUUUGCCGGCGUCUCGUACGCGUCGCUCAUGUCGCUGUACACACCCCCGCAGCCCGCGGCCAAGAAGACGAUCCAAAAGAAAAAAGCGGACGCGCAGCUCGACAGCGCGUGGCAGAAGGAACUUCGCAAGCGGCAGAAGGAGGAGGCCAAGAAGGAGGCCGAGAAGCGCAAGAAGGAGGAGAAGGAACGCGAGAAGGAGCGCCGGCGGCUUGAGAAGAUCGCGGAGAAGGAGGCGAAGAAGGCGACUGAUGCGGAUCGCGAACGAAGAGAGAAUGAUAAUGGCACGCCCGCCGACGAAGAGGUGACCAAACUGAUCGCCGCGCGGGUCCAGGCACGGAUCGAGAAGAAGCAGAUUGAAAUUGGGCUGGACACAAAUUCGGGCGUCGGCGGCGGUCCCUUUCUGCUGAUGAAAUGCAUGGCCGCGAAUGAAUUGUACGAGGGCAGUGGGGUGUGCAGCUGCGUUGAGUGCCUGCCGUACGUUGGCGACGGGUUCAGCAGCGUGGAGUGCCUCGUGCCGCUAUCCAGGUACGUGUACAUGGAGUGCGACAAGGGAUGUAAGUUGGCGUGUCACGCGCGGUGCUACCCAGGACUUGCCAGGUACAACGCCCUGAUGAACGAAGGAGAUUUUACGAACAUCCUCGACAGCUCGGAACUGGCCAACAUACCGUACAAGGACGGUAGCGGCGACAUAGGGCCCGGGUGGUUCCCCGCACACUCCCUAGCGUGUCCGCAAUGCUUCACGCGCACUGAUGGGUCCAAGUUCCUUGGUGGGGUCUCUGCUCGGGUCUCUGCUCAAGCCAUGGCUCAAAAGAUCAAACAAGAGCUAGGAAUAACCUUAAACGGUACUGCCAGGGUGACCACCGAGCUGAUUCGAGCCGAGAUGUGGAGCCGGGGCUCCAAGACCGACAUCUUCGGUCUGGAGGUUCCCCCGCCCGAGCCCGAGCCGGAGCCCGACACUCAGACGGAGAUCCAACCCGCUGACCCAGACGACGCGCGGCAACCGUCCGCGGGGCCGACGCCAGACCACACCCCGGAGAAGAAAAAGAAGGAGAAGAAGAAAAAAGAGAAACCAGAACUCACCGCCGAGGAACUCGAGGCGCUGCGACGCGCGAACGAGGAGGCCACAAGGCUGCAGAAGGAACAGGAGGCGGCGACGAAGGCGCGGAAGGAGGCCGAGGCCGAGGAGCGCAGAAGGGAAAAGGCUGAGAAGAUGGCAGAGGCGCAGCGCCGCGCCGAAGCCAAGGCCGCCACCGAGGCGCGGGCCGCCGCCGAGCGCACGGCGGCGGCCGCUCGCGCCGUCGCCGCGCAGCUCGAGGUGGAGGAAGAGGAGAACGCGGAGGACGAUGAGGCGGCGCUGAAGGCUGCAAAGAAACGGGAGAAAAAUAAGGCAAAGAAGGAGCGUAAGAAGGCGGCGGCCAAGGGGGGCGGCGCCGACGACACCUCCUUUGGUGACUCGCCGUCGUCAUCCUCGGUGUCCACGUCCACCAACACCACCUCCUUGACCACCACCGCCACGUCCAACGCCACGUCCACCGCGUCCACCGCGGUUCACGGUCACGGAACGUCGCGACCUUUCGGGUCCGAGCGCGGCGCCGGGUUCGACGCUAACCUUCAGAGGGGUCCACCGCCGGGGUUCACCGCGUCUGCACCGGCAUCCGAGUCGGGCUCGGCGGAUGGAUUCUUCGGGACCGGGGGAGAUGGAUUCUUCGGGACCGGGGGAGAUGGGGUCUUUGGGACCGGGGCAGCCGCGACCUCCGCCGGCCAACGCGAUCAACUCCUCGGGCGGCUCGGGCAUCGUCGGUCCGCGCGGUUGUCGGUCCGCGAGAGGCUCACGCUGGCGAGGAGGAUCACCGUCCUCGGCGUGCCCAAAACGGUGCCAUCCUCGCAGCUCUCGGCGCAGAUCGAGGGCGAGCUUGCACGGUUCGGCUCCGAGCUCGAACACGACCCGCCGUGGGUCCUGGGCAUCCAACGGACCGAAAGUUCCGCCGCCGUCGAUUUCCCCAUGUGCACCGUGGCGCACGCGGCGCUCGGGCUCCGGAUCUCCGUCCCGGGGAACCCCGAAGCCUUGACUUUCGUUAAGCCCCCCGACGUGCCCGAGAUGCGGGACCCGCCGAGCUCGGUGACGGACGCGAUCCAGGCGGCGAUUGACGCCGGCGCGCUGGCCCACGAGGACAUCGACGACGACGCCUGGGAGUCGCUGCACCUGGUGGACCCUCGCGUGGUCCUGCAGAUGGUCCAGUCGCUCGCGCCCGCGGAUGGACUCGCGGGCGCGGGGGGUGCCGCUCUUGUCGAGCGGCUCGACGCCGCGGAGGCUCAGUGGGAGGAGGACGCUCGGCGCGAGGAGGAGGAACGCGUCGCGGGUGGUCGGACGGGAUCGCAAACGACUCCGACGACGGAACCGGACGUUUCGUUUGCGCCGUCCCAGCCCGUUCGAGGCGCGUUCGAGGCUGCGACGUCCCCGCCCGCGGCUCACCACCCCGCGGGACUGUCGCAGCACCACCCGCUCGCCGCGUUCAUCCAGUACCGCGGCGGAUCCGAUCCCGUCUCGCAGCAAUCGUCGCAGCACCAGCAGCACCAGCAGCACCAGCAGCACCAGCAGCACCAGCGGCACCAGCAGCACCAGCGGCACCAGCGGCUCCAGCAGCCCGGGCACCAAAACCAGCCCCGGACCGCCCCGCUGCAGGUGCACUGCGCGUGGGUGAUGAGCAACCCCGUCAUUCGCGCGCGUUGGUCCGAGCCGGGUCCGGCGGGGGGAUGCUGCCUCAGCUGCGGCGCCGUCGUGCCGGAGACACACCGAGCGCACUGCCAGUUUCCGAAAGCGAACGAGCCAGCCGCGCCGGGCGGGCUGGAGCUCGACGCGGGGCUGCACAGGCUGGUGCACAUGAACCGCGCGUGGGAACCACCGUGCGUGAGCUGGAGGCGCGGCUACUCGGGUGCCGACCCGGGUGCCGACUCGGACGCCUACUCGGACGCCUACUCGGGUGCAAACGCGCCCGGCGUCGCCGCGCCGCCGAGGUCGCCGGCGCAGCCGCCGCAGCUCUUGGGUUCGUGGUCGAGCGGGUCGCCCGUCGCCACGCGCCGGAGCUCGUUCGGGGAAGGAAGCGGCGAUGGCGAUGGCGGCGGCGGCGGCAGGACGGGGCUUUUCACCCAGGGUGGUAACCACCCGCCGCCGGGGUUCGUCGGCCAGCAUCCUCAGCAGGUGCAGCCUCAGCAGCAGUGGCCUGGGAGGCAGCUCCCGUUCAGCCAGCCCCCGCCGCUGCGAGGGGACUGGUCCAACCGCGCUCUGCAGCAGCAGCAGCAACAACAACGACAGCAACAUCAACAUCAGCUCGGGCACCUCAACGGCGGCCACAACGGCCACGGGCACCGCCACGACGACGACAACGACGAUGCCGGCGGCGGCGCUGGCCUGGUGAGGGCCAUGGGCGCCCCAAAGUUUGUAGCGCCGAUUCCCCGCCCGUUCAACGCGCCCGCCGCGCCUUCUCGAGAAGAUGAGGGGAAACAGAUGGAGUGCCCGCUGUGCACAGAUCCGAUGGACGAUACGGACUUGGAGCACAGGCCGUGCGCCAACUGCGACUACAACUUCUGUCUCUUCUGCUUCUCGAGGUUGAAGGCCGGUCCGGCGGAGCAUUUCAAGUGUCCGGCCUGCCGACACCCGUUUGGGAACGCGAGCGGAUCGAACGUGAACGAUUCGGGCACGGAUUCGGACGGCGACAGCGACGCGUCUGAGUCUGAGAUUGGCGGUGCGUUUGCCAGAGCCGCAGCAGCGGCUGGGAGGGGGUGA